AUGUCCAGUCACCUGUUUCCAGACAUGCACUUUGUCGAGCAGUUUUGUGAUAACACGGCCUCACGUGAUUGGUCAGAUUUUCAAAUAUUGAAGAGUGGGAGAGACGCUAUGAUAUUUGUUACGACUAAAUCCAGUUCCGCUUAUGUCUUCACCGUGGGUGAUCACUUUUUCACGACCAAAACUCCAAAGCAGAGACGGGCCUCAAGAAAGGACCGGGUGGCCCCUCCAGCGCCUCAGUUAACCUACAACUACGCCCAGCCUGGGGGAUCUAGCGACUUUAACAAGGGGUUCAACAGACCUGCCGCCCCUAGCUACCAGCCACCCAGUCCAUCUAAGAACUUUGUCAAUCAACAGUACAACAAUGACAGUGGCAACAACAACUAUAGGGACAAAUUGAAACCUUUUGGGGGAAGUCAGAAUCCAAUCCGGGAACUGGAGAUGAAGUUUCAGCAAAUAAACAACAACAAGUCUGACAACGAGGAUGAAGCUCCGACAUUUAAUUUCCAGGCAAUGCUGCGGAAGACCAACCACAACAGGGCGUCUCUGCGACGUUCGCCGGAGAUGGAAAUGGCUAACAGCCAUGGGUACGGAUCAUUCCCUGUCAUUCCAGAGCAACGGUCUGUCAGUCAGUCCAACAACAAUGGUUAUAUGAACAACAACAACAACGUGGUAUAUAAUAGCUCUGCAAUGAGAAAUAAGAACGCAGCACCAAAACCUUUCCUUCGCCAAGAUUCCGGGGACUGUCGCAAAAACAUGUCGCAUCACUACAAGGAGUCAGUGAAGAAAGCAAGGUGUGAUGAAGUCACUACGGAAAUAGCCCCUGGGAUAAUCAUUCAAGGACAAGUAGCUGAACUGUAAUUUCAUUUUAAAGUAUUUAACAAUAAAUAGUUUUAUUUAUAACUUUGAGCGAGUGAUUGGCAAGAAAGGCACUGAUGUAAUGAUUUUUAAAGUUUGAAAUAUCUAUUGAUGGUUGAAGUAUAUAAAUAAAUUAAAUAAAUAAUUA